AUGCUGGUUUCUCCGCUGCCCGACCAAGCGGAGCAGACAUCGGAUGAGCAGCCACCUGCGGAGGAGGAAGAACCGGACGGUGACAGCCCUCCCCCAGCCGCAGACAAGGAGCACCCCCAGGCCGAGCCAUCGAGGCCAAGCUCUGUACCGGAGCAGGGAGGUUUUCCAGAGAUGAUUAAAGAAAGCCCAGAGGUGGAUGAUCUCUCUGCAAAGGUGCCAGCAGACAUCAUGAAAGACUCAGAUAUUUUGGAAAUCGUCGAGCAAGCCCUGGAGUUCAACCAGGAGCUGAUGAUGGGGGUGAGGGCGGCCGAGGGUGGGCAGCGGGAUCCCAGCGGGACCAAGCUCCCCGGGGACGCCGGGGAAGACUCCUCACCCGCCUCGUCCAGCGAGGAGGAGCCGACAGUGCAGGAGGCACCAGUGGACGCAGCACCGGGGACGGAGGGUCCCGUUCAGGCUGAGAAUGGGCUGCACCGGCAGGCCAGCUUGGAGGAUCUGGCCGAAUUCACCGAGGAGGUGCUGAACGGCAUUGCCAGCGUGCCGCCGGCACAGGAGUUCCCUGCAGAGACUACAGACCCCACCACGGUGAUGCCACUGCAGCCCGCAGCUCCUGGAGAUGCCACUGCCACCAAGCUGGCUGAUGUCACCCCGUGGGGCAAGCACGGCGGAGCCGACGCCGUCCUCGUACCGUCCCCUUUGGGGGACGAUGUCCUGUGCCUCGUGCCCGACCAGCCGCCGGCAUGUCGGCUGAGAGCCGAGCAGGAGCCCUGGUCCUCGGGGGACGAGUGA